UGUCUGCGCCCACUUGCACGUGCAACGAGAUAUACAUGUACUGUACAUGUACAUAUGCAAUAUACGUGCAACCAGAGUCUAGCUAGGGCUGCAUCCGAAUCUCUGUUUAGAGCUAGGUCUUCGCUCCAUUGGAAAUGCGUGGAGACGCGUAGACAGUAGACCUAGCCUUAGCUCUGGAAGCCCGUUUCGGACACUGCCUAGGCCUGUUUUUUUCUCAUCUUGGUCUAUGGACGGUGCGGCAAUUCUGACCGUGAUCUGAUGAUAUAGGCCUAACUUGUUGAAUUGCGUGCGAAUCGUAGAUUGGUCCGUUUGAAUUUAAACACAAAUUGUGUGAUUGAUAAGUUUUCAAGAAAACAUGGAUUGGGAAUGAAGUUCAACUGCUUUAUAUUGAUAUGAAUGAGUUUUCCUUUGUGUCCUUCUUCCAUGGUCAUUGUGAUCACGCUGAAACUGCAUUGAACUCAAGCUGAACUUGCUGAGAGUGAAAUACUGUUAAACACAUGCUACUCAGCAUGGAGUUGCCAUCGCUGCAAACAAACUUGGAGAUUCUUCUACUGGAAACUGGUCACAGUCAAUUUCAAACAAAAUCCAGCAUAGCUGAAAUCAUUGGUGAUGGGAGUCUGCGUGACUGUUCAAGUUCUCUCUUUAAGGGAGACUUUGAGCAGGUGCUGUUGGGAGGUGUUGCCGUGGCAAUACUGGGUUCAGAGGAGGAUAAUCUUGGAGAUGCUUUAGACUUUACAGAGUUCAUCCAAAGAAGGGUCAAGUUAUACCUUCAGAAAAGUGAGCCAGAAGAACUCACUUUUAGGGAAUUGUGUGUGAUGUAUGUCGGUGUUGCCAGCUUGCAGCUGUUCAUUCAAAGCAAUUGGACAGGGCCACCAUGCCGCAUCACCCCUGCAGAUGUCUUACCCAAGAGCCUCUGCCAAGAGACAAAUGUCACAGAAUUUCGUGAAUUUGCAACGUCAACUCUCAGUCCUGAUGACUCAUCCAUUUACCGAUUGGUCACCCAUCCUGAGUUUCUGCUGAUGGCACAUUGCAUUCUGGUGAACUGUAACGCCAUUCUUUCAAGUUGUUUGACAGCUGAUUGGUGGACUUUGCGUUGCCUGUGGAUACAGCAACAAGUUCUGGAUGAGCGAUCGCCGCUCAUCCACAAGGAGGUUCACGAAUUAAUGGACACGAUAAACCAAAAUGAGGUUCUUAUGUCCAGGGAAAAGUGCAUUGACCUCCCCCUCAUCUUUCACCUGGAGUGCUGUCACAUUUGUCAGUAUUACUAUGAAUUCACCAAAGCCAGGGAACACCUCCACACUGCUAAGAAGACCGCGGGACUUGAAGCCAGUCUAUCAGGUGCUCUGGGAAAGAGAACACGCUUCCAAGAGACAGACAAAGCACAACUAUUCCUAAGGGUUCAACAUCAGGAAGACUGGGAGGAAUCUGCGGCUUCAUCAAGAGAAGAAGACCGUGCAGUGAAAGGUCUUCCAAAGGAUCUCAACCUUGACGAUGAUACACUUCUGGAUACUGUCAAAUUCAAGGACUCAGAUGUGGACCAAAUCCCGCGGUUGACUAGUGCUGAGCAAGCCUUGAUACUCGCUCUAUGUACUGAACACAAGCGAAGCAGACCCAAAGAAGAGCUGUUGUGGGAGGAAUUGAAGGCUUAUAUUGUGGUUGCACUAACUCGGCCUAAGGUGUGGUCAGUGCAAGCCCUAGCCCUGAUGACUAGAUGCCAAUUGGAGAAAGAUCAUGGAAGGACGGUGGAAAGAGCCAUGAUGCAGAUGCAGUUACUGGUGGACCAGUUUAAGGAGUCAGAGUGCCCCGUGAUUAACAGGUUGGAGUUACUGCACGCUGUGUGCCUUCCACCCAAAUGGACAAUGGAGGGUGAGCUGGCUAGCCUGUUAAUGAGUCUUGGUGUAGUGACUGCUGCCUUAGAAGUCUAUGUCAGGCUAGAAAUGUGGGAGGAUGUCAUUAAGUGCUACCGGCUAUUAGAAAAACCAGACAAGGCCGUGAAGGUGAUCCGUGAUCAGCUGGCCAUCAAGGAAACGCCAACACUCUGGUGCCUGCUGGGGGAUUUCAAGAAGGACAAGCAGUAUUACGAGAAGGCCUGGGAGGUGUCUGGCCAGCGGAAUGCCAGGGCCAUGCGAUCGUUGGGCCUGCAGUACCUUGAAGAAGAAAAUUGGGAGAAGAGCAUCGAGUGCCUGGAGAUCUCACUGCAGAAAAACCCUGUUCAGUACCAUGCCUGGUUUUGGCUAGGCUACUCAGCUACCAAGGCAAACAAUCAUGAAACAGCUGCCAAAGCCUACAGGAAAUGUGUCACCUUGGAAAGCGAUAAUGGUAAAGCAUGGAAUAACUUGUCAUCGGCUUACAUCAAUCUCAAGCAAAAACCUAGAGCUUUCAAGACUCUCCAGGAAGCCAUUAGAUGCCUCUACGAGAACUGGAAGAUUUGGGAGAAUUAUAUGGUGGUGAGCGUUGAUAUUGGGGAGUUUGGUGAAGCAAUCAAAGCUUUCCACAGGCUGAUGGAUUUAAGGGAGAAGUACCUGGAUGAAGAUGUGCUAGGAAUCCUGGUAAAUGCGGUUAUCAGGGACAUUGUUGAUGCUGAUGGAAAUCGAGCCGGUAUUUUAAAGGGAAGAUUAGUGGAGCUUUUUGGCAGGCUGACAUCCCAAGUGACUACUAAUGCCAGGGUGUGGAAACUCUACGCCAAACUUCACGGGAAUGCCAGGACAGACAGUGCAGAACAUAAUGACAGGGCAUUACAAUGUCUACAGAAGGCCCAUCGUCUACAGACACAGAGGGGAGACUGGAGCAGUGAGAUACAGUCGUGUAGAGACAUCCUAGAACAGUCUGUAGAGCUGGCCCAGGCCUACCAACACUGCAGCAGCAACAAGACCAACUCAGCUGAGGCCAUCCAAUUAUUGUCCUCAGCCAAACUAAUGCUGAAAUCAGUCAUCAGUAAAACUAAGCAACAGUAUCCAGAGGAUUCGCCAAUCAGGAAUGACCUUGCUGAACCCUUGGAAACAGCAGAGACCGAACAACAGAGGGUAGUCGAUAUGAUUGCACAAAGAAAGGAAUAGACAGUACUUGCAAAAGUUGCAGUCAAGUACUUCACAAGUACUUCACAGGUUCUUUGCUUUCUAGUAAUCACAGGAACUAUGAUAAGAAUGUAAACUGCAAGCAGGAAUGUCUUUGACUUAUGCAUGGUGGACUUGUUCAAGGCUAGCAUGGAUAUGAUUGGCAUUGUUGUAGUCGAGACCACUUAAGACUUUCACAAGACCACACAAGACCCCCAGUCUGAAUUCAAGUCACAAGCUAUUCAAAAGAACUGCAACAAAAGCAUUCCUUUGUCAUUGUUCACCCAGUUACCUGUGACUUGUCUUAAUGCAUGGUCUUGUGUCUGGUCUUGUGAUGGUCUCGACUACAACACUGGUGAUUGGGGCACUCAAUGAAGACUUCAAGUAAUAGUGAAGACAUGUGGAGUACUUAUCAAGUACUUGACCUGAAGACAGACAUUGAGUGUAUUCAAGCAUAUGAUACUUAUGAGAGCGGAGCAUGAUAUGCCUGAAAGUGUAGGUACAGCAAGGAUUGAAACACUACUUGGGACAAACAAAAGAUCUGGAAUGUCUUGAUCUGUCUAGGACCUCACCAAUAAGGAUUCCUAACUUUUUAAAGGAAAUUUUUCAAGAAAACAUUAUUAAGCUCACUUUUCGUAUGUGCUGGGAUAGCUUUAUUUCCAGCCCCAAUUCUAGAGUCUAGUUCUGGAGUCUAGUGGUGAUUUAUUUCAAUUUUUUUAUAACGUAACCAGAUUGCAUACUUUUUGUUAAAUUUUCUUCUUGUUAGUCCAAGACUAAAAUUUGUAAGGGUCCAUUUAAUAACAUUAACCAGCAAAAGAGACUGGGACUAUUUUAAAAUUUUUGAGGGGUAUACAUGGCUUGUUGGUAGUAUACUUAUCUCUGUAUACCAUAAAUGAUUAAAACUGAGGGCAUUGUAUUUAUCAAUUUUAAUGGCAGAUAAGCACUACAAACAACUCUUCAUUAAACACGAAAUUCACAAAUACAGUAGUUGUGAAAAGUAUUUAUUAAAUGGUGAAAUAGAAUUAUACGUAGCUACAUCUGUUAUAACGAUAAUCAUCCAUAUACAUGUAAAUAUCAGAAUUGCUACUUUGCAUAAUCCAUUGUUUCUGAUUACAAGAAAAUGAACCAUGCAGGUGAGUUAUGUAUAGAGUAUAAAGUCCGUUAACAUCAGCUUUAGUAAUAUCGCAAGCGGCAGGCAUGACAUGAACAAAGUUUCACAGAUACUUUCACAAACAUACUUAAAUUUACAUUUAAAUAGGAUGAACAGCCCAAUUUCCAUAAGUAAAAACACAGAGAAAUUAACACAUUUAUGACGAACUAGAAAAUUAAAAUGGCACCCACAAAACAAUAACUGAUUUCUGCCACAGAGAGUGAAUUGAUUAGAAGUAGAAUUCACCAUUCUGCCAUAAUUGCCGAGCAGACACAGGGCUUGACAAACGAAACAGAAAUUUUGUUUACAUUUUUUCAUCCUUUUUCAAUGGAAUACCUUGUAUCAGAGAUCUUAAUGCUUAAAAACAUUUGGGAGGGGGUUACAUAGCCUUGCAUUUUCAUGUGGAAAGUCGGCAGUAAGUUCUACACAAAGACAGUUUCUAUUCCUCUAAUGCAUUUGCAUCUAACUACAAAAAUGACUACUGCUAUGAGCGAAUAAGCUUAUGUAAGAAAAUGUUAUAAAACUGGAUUUUGUCUUUGCUAUUUGGUGAACUCCUCAGAGCUAAUCCCCUCAAUAUGGAUGAAUUUUUCAGGGUUCUGGAAGUUCAUGCCAAGUCAAACUUUAAUUGAACCUCAAAUAAUCGCUUCCUAAAGUCUAUCACUGACGGAAGUGCUUGUAUUUGGGAGCACUAUGAAGCUGAUAAAUAUUGGCUCAGGAUCACGAAUAGUGUGCAUAUCAACAUGCAUUGGGUUCAGUGGGCAAACAGGAAGCUUCUAACAAGUUUCAUUCUUCUCAUCUCAGAAUAAUGAAACCAAACUCCAGCAGUGAUGUCUGCAAACAGGUGCUUCCCUAUCCCUUAAUUACAAGCUCACAUGAUGCUACAACUUGGAAAUGCCAAUCACAUCAUGUAUACUCAUCAACUGGAACAGUAAAAAGUAAUCCAGUAUUUUAUUUACCGUGACACUUUCUUGCUAUUCACUUUUAACACACUAAUGUUUAGAGUUUCCUUUAAAGCCUUAGUCAAAUCUGAACAUACCUGCAUUAUGCAGCAACAAAUGUAAGCUGAUUCAAGUGGUCCCUUAAUCAUGCUGCAUUAGUGUUAAACACUACUCUGUGUAGGUCAUGAUCAGUGAACAAAAUAACAAUGGUCACUGCUUCAUUAAGAACACUGCUUUAAUAGCUUCAAUUUGAGGUGAAGGAAAAAUCUCUCUUUGCUUUACAAAGUGGUUCUCUGCCAGUUUACAAUACACAUAUAAACCUUUUUAAGUCCAUUGUUAAUUAUGUCAAGCCAGGCUUAUACACUUCUUUCGAAGACAUGUCCCAGGGGAAAGGGAGCCUUUUCAAAAAGCUAUCAUAAGCAUUUCGUUUGAUUUUUGAACAGAAGAACGCCAACUGAGAUAAUCUUGCUGUCUACUAUUUGUUGAAAUGGGAAACUUUGAGAUGCUUGGCGGCUGUGAACAUACUGGUCCUACAUGUCUGGUCCACUAGUGUUUGCAUCAAGCUUGAGCUAACGAGGGCAUUCUCAAAAUGAUGCAAACAAUAGUGGUCUGGUCGCGUGGAACCGGUAUGCUUGCUGCACCCAAGCGUCUCAAAAGUCUUCCAUUUGCAUGGAGCUUACUUCUGCUUUCCACCCUAUGCCC